AUGGGGCUGAAAGCGGUCGUAUUCAUUUAUUCGUCUCUUUCUCAGGAGCACAUCAACUUGGUGGGAUUCGACGACAACCUGGGCCCAGUGGUGAUGUCGUUGAAGAACGAGCACAUGGCCGGCCAGGAUCACACUAGGAUACUUCUGAGGCUCCGCACAGAGACCAUGCAUGGACUUAUACCCACCACUAGAUCAGGCAUAAUGCCAUCACCAUUGAAAAUGGCCAGGAUGCUGAACGAACAAAUGAACGUAGAGAACUUUAUGGCAGUGAUGUGUCUGAACGCGUCUACUCUGAUCGCUGCGUACGACGAGCAUGUACUGGUGAACAGCUUCAAGUUCGGAGUGCUGUACCAGAAGUACGGGCAGACGACGGAGGAAGAGUUGUUCGGGAACAACGAGACGUCGCCGGCUUUCGACGAGUUCUUGGAGAUGCUUGGACAGAAGAUUAAACUGAAGGAUCAUAAGGGCUAUCGCGGUGGUCUCGACAUAAUGAACGGUCACACGGGUACCGAGGCUGUGUACGAGCAGCAUCACAAUAGAGAGAUCAUGUUCCACGUGGCGCCACUUCUACCGCACACAGCCGGCGACGCGCAACAACUGCAGAGGAAGAGGCACGUCGGCAACGAUAUAGUGGCGAUUGUGUUUCAGGAGAAGGCGACUCCGUUCACGCCCGACAUGAUUGCUUCGCACUUCCUUCACGCAUUUAUAGUAGUCACGCCUAUUGAGGCAUCCGGCGGGGAGACCAGGUACAAAGUGGCCGUCACCGCUCGUGUGGACGUACCAUUUUUCGGGCCGACUCCCCAGCCUUCGGUAUUCCGCAAAGGGCGCGAAUUCAAAGAGUUCCUUCUAACAAAACUAAUCAACGCCGAGAACGCAUGCUACAAGGCUGAGAAGUUUGCUCAACUGGAGCUCAGGACAAGGGCAUCGUUAUUACAAAACUUGGCGGAAGAUUUGAAGACUAAGACUAUGGAGUUCCUCGGGCCUGGAGUCAGGAUCGAACCUGGGGCGGUCUCGCCGCAGCCUGAAGGCACUCCGAAGCAAGAUGGGCCUGCGACGAAGUUCAUUGAUUCUGUGAAGAAAGUACUUACUGCUAAAGUAAGAUCACCCAGUGUGGAUACGAAUUUAUCAGGCGAUAGUAAUAAACAUCCCAUCAAUAAAAACAAAUUUGUUCCCAACGAAACGCACACUCCUAAUAAACAAAAGAUUGUUGGCAGCAACAGGAUAUGA